GCUGCAGGAGGUGCGCGAGCAGCUGCCAACGGUUUUGAGUGUGGAGCACCGCGGGCGGGUGGGUCUGGGUCUUCUCUGGUAGAGGCUCAGAGGAGUGGGGUAGCUUCUUUUUCUCUUUCUUCCCUUGGCAAGUUGAAGACAGCAGACUGAAGGUGCGCCGAGGACUAUGGUGGGUGCGGCGUGGCCGCCUCAAAGAAUCUCAGGCUAGACGAGAGAGGCGUGCAUUUUAGGGAUAUUUGAGGAUGUGACUGAGGGUGCACUAGGUUUCUUUGGGGGUGGCGGGAAGGAGGCAUUCCGGUGAUUCCUGGCAUGGCUUUCUCAUCAGGGCGGGAUGAAGGAGGCCUAUGAAAGAGUUGAAGCUAGGUUGAACAAGUGGGCGGAGGGGCGUGGCCUAAGGCCGGCCUCUUCCAGAGCCUUGAGCAAGUUGUAGGACAGACACUGGGCCUGUUACAUUGGGGUCUGUUUCUGUUUGCACGUCUGGAUGUGAGGACGUAAGACUAUUUGACCGGAGAGAAGCGGUGCCGAAGUUGAUUUGCAGCUUCCAGCACUCUAGUUGGGAAGAGGAACUGCAGCCGUGCUGUUGCCUCAACAGGUCUUUGUCCACCUCCCCUGUGCUCCUCGUACCCCCUUUCCCUCGGUUCCUAAGAGUUGAGGAAAGACAUGCCUUUGCCGUCUACAUGGCUUUUGGAGCUAGUGGGAACUUUAUCCAGAAACUUUUGAUACACGUAUUCACCAAGGACCCACCAAGGAGUCUUCCUCCCUUCUCCCAAAUCUUCCUUCUCUGUGAACCCCCCCGCCCCGUCUUUCCCAAAGCAGAACCAAAAGUUAGCAGCCUUUCUUCCCUGUGCUCAUGGCGACCUCCACUACCAGUCCCAGUUCGCCUCUUCGAGCAGAAGAUCUCCUGAGCGAUUCAUCAGAGCCUCCUGGGCUGAACCAAGUGUCCUCUGAGGUGACUUCUCAGCUCUAUGCUUCUUUGCACCUCAGCCGGCAGGCGGAGGCUACAGCUAGGGCUCAGAUGUAUUUAGCCUCCUCCUCCUCCUCCCCACCUCCUCAUGAAGCAUUUGAUGGCUUGGCUCAAGAGUUGAGUCGCAGCUUGUCAGUUGGAUUGGAGAACAACUUGAAGAAAAAGGAUGGUUCUAAGCAUAUCUUUGAGAUGGAAAGUGUUCGGGAUCAGCUCCAGACCAUGCUCCAAACCUCACGUGAUACGGCCUACCGGACUCCUCUCACUCCAGGAGCUGGCUCAGAGAGACAAGAAGACUCCUUUGACAGUGCCAGCACAGCUACCUUGCUCAACACCCGGCCUUUGCAAGAGUUAUCUCCAUCCAGCUCCUCCCAAGCCCUAGAGGAAUUAUUUCCCCGCUAUACCAGCCUUCGGCCAGGGCCCCCACUCAACCCACCAGAUUUUCAAGGGCUGAGAGAGGCAUUGGACUCAGAGCACACCCGUCGCAAGCAUUGUGAGCGCCACAUUCAGAGCCUGCAGACCCGAGUGCUAGAGCUGCAACAACAGUUAGCUGUAGCUGUGGCUGCAGACCGCAAGAAAGAUAUCAUGAUUGAACAACUGGACAAGACCCUAGCUCGAGUGGUGGAAGGCUGGAACCGGCAUGAAGCUGAGCGGACAGAGGUGCUGCGAGGUCUACAAGAGGAGCGCCAGGCAGCAGAACUCACCAGAAGCAAGCAGCAGGAGACAGUAACCCGUCUGGAGCAAAGUCUUUCCGAGGCUCUGGAGGCCCUGACUCGUGAGCAGGAAGGAGCCAGACUACAGCAUCAGGAGAAAGAGGCCCUGGAGGAGGAAAGGCAAGCUUUGACCCUGAGCUUGGAGGUGGAGCAGCAGCGGUGCCGUGCACUGCAGGACGAACGGGAUGAGGCUCGUGCUGGGCAACUCAGUGAACUUCGAAAGCUGGAGACUCUUCAGGUUGCCCUAGAAGAAGAGCGGCAGGCUUGGGUCCAGCAAGAGCUCCAGCUGAAGGAAUGCCACCAGGCACUGCAGGAAGAAAGCCAUGCUCAGCUGGAAAGGGAAAAGGGGAACAGUCAGAGGGAGGCCCAGGCAGCCCGAGAGGCCCAGCAACAGUUGGCACUGGUGCAGGCUGAGGUGCGGCGGCUAGAAGGAGAGCUGGACACAGCUCGGAGAGAGAGGGACUCGCUGCAGCUGGAAAUGAGCUUGCUUCAGGCCCGGUAUGACAGCCAACGGAUCCAGAUGGAGUCAGAGCUGGCUGUGCAGCUGGAGCAGCAGGUGACGGAAAGGCUGGCGCAGGUGCAGGAGAGCAGCCUGCGGCAGGCAGCCUCCCUAAGGGACCAUCACAGGAAGCAGCUUCAAGAGCUCAAUGGACAACAUCAGCAGGAGUUGGCCACCCAGUUGGCUCAGUUCAAGGUAGAAAUGGCAGAAAGAGAGGAACGGCAGCAGCAGGUGGCUCAGGACUAUGAGCUCAGACUGGCACGGGAGCACGCUCGAGUGCGGGACCUACAGAGUGGGAACCAGCAUCUUGAAGAGCAGCGGGUGGAGCUGGUGGAACGGCUCCAAACCAUGCUGCAGGCCCACUGGGACGAGGCCAACCAGCUGCUCAGCACCAUGCUCUCAACGUCUAACUCACAAGUUCCUCUUGCUGAGCCCUCUAGCCCUGGGUCUUUGGAGCCGGAGAAGGGGGAGAGGAGAGUCUGGAGUAUGCCUCCUGCAGCUGUGGCCCUGAAACCAGUGCUGCAGCAGAGCCGGGAAGCGAGGAGUGAGUUGCCUGGAGUCCCUCCUGCCCACUGCGAUUCCCCUCCUGAUCUUAGCCUCCUACUGGGGCACCCUUUCCAGAGCCAGAACUCCUUCCAGCCCCUGGAACCCAAACCUGAUCUUGCUCCAUCUUCAGCUGGGAUCUUCUCUGCCCUGGGGACUUUUGAUGCUGAUCAGAGGGCUGAGCGGCCAUUCCCUGAGGAAGCCCCUGGGUCAAAUGGGGAUGGUUUCCCAAAGCCAGCACUGCCACCUGCAUCUGAGCUCCAAGGACUGAAGAAUUUUUUGCAGCAGCUUCUGGAGACUGUACCCCAGAAUAAUGAGAGCUCUAUUGACCUGUUGCCCCCUAAAUCUGGUCCUCGAAGUAUCCCAUCUUGGGAAGAAGUCACUCAAGUGCCACGACUUCCACCCCCUGUCCAUAAAACUAAAGUUCCCUUAGCCAUGGCAUCUGGUCUCUUCCGGGUCCAUGAGCUUCCCUCAUCCCAUUCGCAAGACAGUGGUCCCAGUAGUGGCUCUCCAGAGAGAGCAACAUGUGUCCCAGGUGCAGAAAGGCCCAGCUCCCCAAGGCAGCUAAUGGAGCUGUCUCAGCUGCUACGACUGUACCAGGCCCGAGGAUGGGACCCUGUGCCUUCUGAGGACCUGCUGCUCUCCCUGAAGAGGCUGGAGCAUAGCAGGACUGAUGGCCGAAGAGAGACUGUCCCCAGAAGGAACACAGACUCCCGCUUGGGUGACACACCCCGGAAAGAGAUCCCUUCCCAAGCUGUCUCUCGCCGUCUUGCUACAGCCCCUAAGACUGAAAAAGCUCCCGCACGGAAGAAAACCGGGCAUCCUGCCCCUAGUAGCGUGAGGAGCAGGGGUGGGAUCUGGAGAUGAGCUCCUGCCCCUUCUUUCUUCUCUUUCUCUUUUGCUUUUUAUUUUAAUAAAUGUUCAGUAGUCUGUAUUAGAGUCCGUGACUCAGAAGAAUUUGAGAAAUGGGGAUUCUACAGGAAAACUGCUUUGUAAAAACCUUCAUUCUGCUUCAGUAUUUUUUAUAUCUUAAAUAUUUAUAUGUUAUUUCCUGUGGGAAAAUACAUGAAUACUUUGUAAGAAUCCUAUGACUAGACUGUCACUGGAUGGAUUUUGGAGUAAGCUGAAGUUCAGUGUUGGUAGAGUAAAACCUAUAGAGUGAUUGCUGAUUGGUACUAGAAUUAUGAAUUACCCUUAUUUUCUUUUUUUAAGCAUUUAUAAAUUUUCUAAAGCAAGUGUUACUUUAAUAAUCAGAGGAAAAAAACCUUUUAAUAAAAGAGUUUGCUGAUGUGUACAAAUUUA